GAACCAUCUUCUACGAUGUUGGUUAUAGCUACACAUCAAUCUUAGCCCGAGUCUCUUGUGGCGGAUUCAUCACCGGUUUCAUGACUUUCAUGUCCAUUGGAGGCUUCCCUUCUUUUCUUGAAGAAAUGAAGGUGUUCUAUAAGGAGAGGAUGAGUGGUUACUACGGCGUUGCGGUUUAUAUCCUGUCGAACUACAUCUCUUCUUUCCCGUUCUUGGUUUCGAUUUCGGUUAUCACUGGAACAAUUACUUACAACUUGGUCAAGUUUCGUCCAGGGUUCUCGCAUUACGCUUUCUUCUGUCUCAACCUCUUCUUCUCAGUCUCUGUGAUAGAGAGUCUCAUGAUGGUUGUGGCUUCACUUGUUCCAAACUUCUUGAUGGGUCUUAUCACUGGUGCUGGCCUCAUUGGAAUCAUCAUGAUGACAUCUGGAUUCUUCCGUCUUCUUCCUGAUCUUCCCAAAAUCUUUUGGCGUUAUCCAGUUUCAUACAUAAGCUACGGAUCUUGGGCUAUCCAGGGAGGAUACAAGAAUGACUUUCUCGGAUUGGAGUUUGAGCCUCUAUUCCCGGGUGAGCCAAAAAUGACAGGAGAAGAAGUGAUCAACAAGGUAUUCAGAGUACAGGUGACACAUUCGAAAUGGUGGGACUUAGCUGCGGUUGCAGGAAUCCUUGUGUGUUACAGGCUUCUCUUCUUCGUUGUCUUAAAGCUGAGGGAGAGAGCAGGACCGGCUUUGAAGGCGAUUCAGGCGAAAAGAACGAUGAAGAACCUAGACAGGAGACCUUCUUUCAAGAGAAUGCCUUCUCUGUCUCUGUCACUGUCUUCAAUGUCUUCAAGGAGACAUCAGCCUCUCCGUUCACUUUCUUCUCAAGAAGGCCUUAACUCUCCAGCCCACUACUAG